GCGGUCCUCGCGCGUCACCGUGACGUCAUGCCGGCAGAGAGACGUGGCACGCCGACGUUUAAAUGAACCGGAGCCGUUAACGAAGCGUCGCCCUGUUUCUCACCGAGCAGCCCGAGCGACACGCAGCCACCGGCACCGGAGACAUGGCGUCUAACAGCGGCUCAGCCGGCAGAUGGGAGGUCGUGAAGAAGGGGAAGAAGAGCAGCAGCAGCAGCAGCUCCGGGAAGAGCCCGACCGAGAAGAAGAGCGGCGGCGGCAGCAGGAAAGCCCUGGGCGAGUCCAACCAGCCCUCCAGACCUCCUUUGAAGAUGUCAGAGACUCUGUACGACAGCUUCGAGAAGAUGGGCAAGAAACAGAACAAGGAGCAGGUUCCCCCGGCAGCCGAGCCUCAAAACAAGAAGCCGUCAUCAAGUAAAGCGCCCAAGAAAUCACACUCCAGCAAUACAGUCGCCCCCACAAUGCACAAGAACAUGGAAGAAGCCUUCAAAGCCCUGGAUGUUGGGGACCUGAAGCAGCAGUUGGAUCACAGUCAGACUCUGUUCCCCGACAAUCCUUCAGUCUGGCUCAAAGACCUGGCAGGGUACCUCAACCUCAAUCUGACUGUGCCAGAGACCGAGCCCACACUCAGCAUCUAUGCUCACGACUACCCAUACUGCCUUACAGGGAAAGAGCUGAGGAGUGUGAUUAAAGGCCUCAUCGGACGUUGCAGUGACAUUCUGCCAGGUUUCUUCGACCACUGUGUUUACAGCAUGCUCAGGGAGCUGGACAGACAGUCAGGAGAACCACUUCAUGGCUACAGAGUUUGCAUCCAGGCGAUCCUACAAGACAAACCCAGAAUAGCCACGCAAAAUCUGCCAGAGUAUUUGGAGUUACUGCGGUCGGUUCAGAAUCGCCCAGUGAAGUGUUUGACUCUCAUGUGGGCUCUGGGACAAGCAGGAUUUUAUGACCUCAGCCAGGGACUAAGAGUGUGGCUCGGCAUCAUGCUCCCUGUGCUCGGUGUGAAAUCCUUGUCCGCUUAUGCCAUUUCAUAUCUGGACCGACUUCUCCUACUUCAUUCAAACCUGACAAAGGGAUUUGGCAUCAUGGGACCUAAAGAGUUCUUUCCUUUACUGGAUUUCGCCUUCAUGCCCAAGAAUGCCCUGUCAUCAAGUCUGCAGGAGCAGCUGAGGCGUCUGUAUCCUCGACUCAAAGUUCUCGCAUUCGGAGCCAAACCAGAGAGCACGCUACACACGUACCUGCCGUCCUUUCUGUCCAGAGCCACGUCACACUGUCCUGAUGACAUGAAGAGAGAGCUGCUCAGCAGUAUGACAGAGUGUUUGUGCGUGGACGUACAAAGUCUUGGAGUGUGGAGGCAGCUCUAUACCAAACACUUACCCCAGUCCAGUCUGCUGCUGAAUCAUUUAUUGAAGUCCUGGAAAGUCCUGCCACCAAAACUACGGAUGAACCUUGAAGAAACAAUCCAGUCGUUCAGAGUGACCAAUGAGGAGAUGAAAGACACCGUUGAAUCUCAGGAGCUUCAAGAGUGCAAUAACCUGUGUCAGAAUCUGCAGGUGAAGAUGCGUGGUCGAGGGUUCCCCUGGUUUAAACUGCUCAUGGUUCUGUUCAUGUUCAUUGCCGUCUUCAUCGCACACGACGUCAGAUCUCACGGCUCCUUCACAGAUUCCACCACAGCGAGCUAUCUGCAAAAUUCAGGGGUCACGGCCGUAUCUCAGCAGGCCUGGAGCAAAAUAACAGUCUAUUCAAAACAGGGCUUCAGCUGGAUAGAGACAAACACCCCUUAUUAUUACUCUGAGAGUGUGCGGGUCCUGGGGCCACUAAUGGAACAGGCCUUGGAGAAGUCAAAAGCAGCAGCCAUCUUCAUCUCUGAAAACACCACACAGUUUAUCCUCUGGGUCAGAGAGAAGACACCGCAGGUCAUAGAAUGGGUCAACACCAACACUCCUGACAGUGUGUUCAAGUUGUUAGCGUAUCUGAGGGAGCUGCUUCUCCUCCUCCAUCAGAACUACAUCCUGCCAGCUCUGGCUUUUAUCAAUGAGCUGCUACAACGAGCCUGGACCAACCUACAGGAGUCCUGCAACGGUGAGGUGUCUGUGUCGUGUCUGCAGGGCCACGCCGUGUCCUUCACCAAUUCAACGUGGCAGCUGGUCCAACACACGACUUCAGCCAUCAAGACGUGGGCUCUGGAGCUGCUGACGAGAGAUUAACACGACAACAGAUGCUGACUAACUUACACAAAUGAUACAAACACAAGAAGGCUGCCUUUCAGUGCACGGGCUCCUCUUUAAAGCCAUCACUGGACACUGUGGGGUCAGACAAACAAGCGCUCACUCAGCAGGAACCUUCUGUCUCUUGUUUUGGCUAAAUUCAUCAAAUCAGUUUGCUGUUGUAUAGAUGGUUUUUUUCUACUGACCCUUUUUGUCACUGCUGGACGCUGAAGUCAUCUCUCUCUCUCUCUCGCUCUCUCUCUCUCUCUCCCUGCAUUUUCUACUGCAAAUUUCAACCGUUGCUUUAACAAAUUAUGUAAUUUAUAGAAGAUGUAGGUUUGUAGAUGAUUUUUAUGCUGUUUUUAUUUAAAGAUAUAUAAAAAAAAAAAGAGAAACUUGCUAGAGGGCAGGGAAAAGACCAAAAAAAAAAAAAAAGAUAUUCCAGACUCAGACCUCACAGUUAAACUCUGAUGACCACUUCAUCUCCUCCACUUUGUCCUUCUCACUGUGAAGUCAGAUCACUUGUUGUAUGAUUGUUUGUGUCGGGCUCAAUAAGCCUUCAUCGAGUGAGGAACUGUCCUGUCGCAGUGAGGAGAUGGGAGGGGAGGGGUCACAUCUGCCGGUGGAUGAACUCCCUCACAACAUCCUGGAUCCAAACAGGAAGGAGUCUCAUCUGUGUGAAAAAUAAAGUUACUCGCUGGCUUUUUGUCUUUGCUGCCUUUUCUGUCCCGUUUCUCUUUCUUUCUUUUUUUUCUGUUCAUCAGCAGCUCGACACCUGAGCUGAAAUCAGCUGUGUACUCUACUUGAAGGCUGAUGAUAUUCCAUCUGUGUGUGUGUGUGUGUGAGUCGGAGUGCAUGAGUCAAUGCACUUAUUUCUACUUUGAUUAACCCCGUGCCAACUUCCUCCCUGAUGCUCAUAAUACAACUUCAGAAUAAGAGCCCCCCCCCCCCCUU